AUGACGAAAGUUCCUCAGGGGUUUGAUAUCAGUUUCUUAAAUGACGAAGAAGCCAGAAAGAUCCUGCGAGUUCUGGAAAGAAAUGAGGAGCUACAAAGGGCAGAGAAGGAGAGGAUCAGCAAACUCCAGAAAACAAAGAGAGAUAUCAGAUGGCUUCAAGGAGUAACUGGUGAAUGGUUUGAAGAAAUUCAAAGAAAAAGGUUUUGCGAUGAAACAGAUAUUAGUCAAAUGCUAAAACAACCACUUACCUACAGGCUAACGCAGAGGAUGGCAAAAAAUGAUUCUGUGGAUUUGCAAACAUCAAGAUCUAAAAAUCUACCUAAUCCAAAAAACCCAAUAUCCUGCCCUUCUCAACAGAGCUUCAGAUCAUCGUUUGCUUCCCUGUUCUCAUUCAGAAAAUCCAGAAAGGAGUCUUUAAAUCUUCCAACACUGGGACAGAGAGGGUGUGAUGGCCUUGCAGGAACUCCUGUGCCUAUGACGGGAGCUGUUGGGGCAACAAUAUACAGUUCACCACUGGAUAACCAACUAGUUGACAGUACAUUUGUCCCCAGGCCAGCAGGUAUGAGGGAAGGAAGCACAUUGCCUCCGUGGGAGGCUUCUCUGCUGGAGAAUGAGUUUUUCCGGGUUUUAGAUGAUUUGGAUAGCAAACUGGCUCAGGAACAAUUUCCAAGCUCACUGAAUACCAGCACACCCUUCAACUAUGAAUCAACAACACAACUCAGUCAUCUUUACUCCGGUGGGAGCAGACCUGGUAAUAUCACAGGAAGACACAAAAAUCGCUAUAAUGAAACUUCCAAUAUGUCUAUCUACGACAUCCUAAGACCAGGAGCACCUAGAGAAGGUUUUAAGACCUUUUCACCAAGAACAAAAACAAUUUAUGAUAUGUAUAGGACAAGGGAGCCCAGAGUCUUAAAAGAAGAUUAUGUUCAAAAGAAUACUUUGGGUAGUUCUUCUCUGUGUUUUGACAGUAGGCAACGAUCAGCCUCACGAGCCACAGGGCAUUUCACAGCGAGAAGCUUACAUUUUCCAGCCACAAUUGAGAACAAAAGUGGAUUUAUACCGCAAAGUCACAGACAAAGCCCAAAGAGAAUUCCUUUAUCUUCCAUCAUCUGGAAUAGAUCAGAUUCUUCAAGAGAUGGUCAGAACCAGGAAGAGUUCCACAGGGCACCAUUGCCUAUGGAAAUUGACCCUGCUGAUCAAUAUACCUACCCCAGAUGUUUUCAGGAGAACAAGAGAUAUGCAUUUUACCGCUCACAGAGUGUUUACCAGAGUGUUAGUUUAAAUGCCCACACGGACAAUGCAAUAAGUCCGGACCCAUUCGAGAACUCAGAGAAUAUGCCAUUCUACCAUCAAGACAACCCAUUUGCUAGGUCUUUCUUUAGCAAUACUUUUGGACAAAGCAGAGAACAGAUUUUUGGACAAAGCACUUUUUGGGGCCAACAGGAAGAUCAUUCUUCCUGGUCUGACUUUUAUCAAAGCAGGAAAUCAUUCACUUCUUCUGACAGAGACUUUGAAAUGAUUUCUGUUGAUGCAAAUAGUGCAUCAGCUGCUCAUGGUCGUAGUGUCCCUUUGCAUCAUGGGGGAUCAUUUGCUCCUGGUUGUAGACCAAAUAUUUCCAGAGACCAAGAAGAACCAUGUCCCUGGCAAUUUGAUUUUCAGGCAUCCACACUGGAGAACAUGGAGGUGUCACAAGACAGGGGAAGCCAGUUGAAUCCUCAGUUCAGCACACCAAAUGUUUGCCCCAUGAUUGAUUCAAGCUGUCAGAUCAAAUCUGGUAGGUUGGAAUGCCAGCAAGACAAUUCUAGAGAAGUACACUUGAACAGAGAAGCUUACUUAUUUGGAAUUGCUCAGCCUUCAGCAUCCCCAUUCAAAACUUCCUUCCCUCAGAUUCCUGAUGGCAAAGGGAACACUCACAGUUCCAGUUUUCAGAAUCCCACAGCCACUUUUCAUGAAAUUAUCCCCAAUAAAUCUGCCUGUUCUCCAAUCAGAAGCCAUGCAGAAGUCAUUGUGACCAACAGUGAUUCAGUUGAUUCUCUACCAUCUGCUGAAAGCCAACCCAGCGUCUUGGUCACAGAAGAGAAUAAGGAGAAGGACUUGAACGACUCUGUUUCCAAAAAGUACAAACAACUAAACAAGAUGGACCAGACAGACUUGACAGGUGAAACAUCACAACCGGUUUUACAGACAGUGGUCUCUUGCCCCUUACCUGAUGUUCAAAAUCCCCUCUCCCGGGACUCAUCUGAGAAUAAUCAGUUUGUUUUUAAUGCAUCUACCACAAUAAAUUCAAAAAGGUCACCCAGAGUGCUUCCCAGGAAAGAUAUCUCUAAAAUCUACAUAUCACACAGAGAUAAAGCCAAUGAGCUUAAAAAAGAAGAGAGUUUUUCUAGGAAUAGAAAAUUUAGUUCAGCAACAUCCCCAUCUUUUCUUCCGGAACGCAGAAUAACUCCUUUUCUUCCUAGCCCAAAUCAAGGUUGUCACCAGGAAUUAACAGUAAGUAAUGAAGGUAUUUCAAGCAUUGGUAAAAAUAACCUCUGUAGCACUGAAUCUACUGAUAAUCAAAACCCCCAGUCUCCAGAAAACAAGUUUGCGGGCAGCCACAAUGUCUCAGGUAAUCUGUUAAGUCUCCCACUAGGUGCAUUACAAGAUUCCUCAAUAUUGAAUAGUUCUACUACAGUGUUCUCAAAGAGAAGUCCUUCAGGAAAUGAUCUACCUCUGGGAGAAAGAGAAGAAAAUCACAGUGCUAGCAAGAACCAAAAUAAUCCACUUGCCAUAAAUCACUUAGAAAGCCAGAAGCAUAAUGAUAAUUGUGUGCCUACAUAUAAUAAAGUGGUUGAUGUUACCAAAUGCCACUCACACCACCCCCUCAGAGACGGAAAUGGAAAAGGAAAAAUAAGACGUCGCAUAUCCUGUAUUGAAAAUUUAAGCAAACCAGAAAGUAGAUCAACAUUCACAAAUGAUGGCAGUAACCUCAAUGAGGUGAAUCAAGGUAAUUCCAAGGCUCCUGAUCGUCCCACGAUUUAUUGCACCUUACCAAGAAAAGCAUCCAGUUUUCUCAUCGGUAGCAGGAAUUCAGAAAGUAGGGUAACAACUGCAUCACUUAGGAAUGGGCCACUUCCAUUCCAAGUCAAAAAUAAUGUGGAGGAUCCAAUCAAGAAGUACACAUCACAGAAAUUAAUUCCCAGUUCUCCUGAAUCAGAAAGUGAAGGUUCCAAAGUAGUUUCAGACUCAAUUCCAGUAGUGCCUGCAGCUGCACAGAGGAUGACAAAUUUGAAAAUUACUGGGUCUGCUUCUGUUAGAAAAGGACCUCUUCCUUUCCUCAUCAAGAGGGCUGUGUCAUGCCCUUCAGGGGAGCCAUAUUCCUCAACUGGAAAUGAUGAGACAGCAAAAGACUCAGCUUCAGAUAUAUAUACUUCUGCUGUAUCACCAAGGCCUUGGGAGAGAUUCAUGAACAAUCUGGAAAGUGACUUACCUGUUAGGAAUAAAAACCACCACCAAAAGGAAUACUCUCAAGAAUGUACUGAGAAGGAUGAUAAAACUGCAACACCCAGAGCAGGCUUAGUUUCCCUUUCCAAUGAAGAUCCUUUACCUUUUUCUUCAGAAGUGUCAGAGAAGGAAAGUGGGGAAACCAUACGUAAGUACAAAACUACCAGCACGUUUUCUGUUUCUGGUGAUGAUGAUAAUGUAAGAUGUCUUGAAGUGGUUUCAAUAUAUUAUACUAUACCAAGGAAACACAGCAAAAAACUCUGUGACCUCCUUUACAAGUAUACACAAAAUACUAAUUCACUUCCAGAAUCACCCAAAGUGGGAACUGAAACAUUUCCUAAUGCUUCACAGAAUGGCAAACAAAAUCAUUCUACACAAGAGCAGUCAGGAACAUCUUCAUCUGAAGACCAAAAGAUGACCAUUUCCUCUGCUCAUGAGACCAUCCCUUGUCUUUCUCACAUCAAUGAAAAUGUGACUGCUUUACAAUUACCAAAUAGUGGGUCCUCAGAGCCUACCUUACAGGAAAUGGCUUCUAUUGAGGCAGAUGUUUCUCUUCCAAAAGAAGUAUCUAAAACUAGAGACACUUUUCCAGAUAACUUUACUAAAGCACCUCUAGGUGACUCACGAAGCAGGAAAAAGAAAGGAAAGAAAUCACAAAGAGAAAAAUUGGAAAAUUGCCAACAAUCCACUAAAUUGGGUAAUAGCAGUCCUUCUAGCCCCCGAGCCCACUCAGAAAAUAAUGUUGAAAAGUCUCAAACUGUAAGAAGUUCUGAGGAGAAUGUGGAUGACAGUAUAGUUAUCACAGCUACCAGAAGUAAUGUCUUUCCUAAGGAAGAAAUCAGGAACGCCAUAGCCAUAAAUGAUAACUCCAAUGGGUUGGAGGCUAGGGAAGUCAGAAGGGAAAUUGAAACUGGUUGCCAACAAAAUCCUGAUAAAACACUUUCUGACACAGAAAACCAAAUCCUUGCUGUUACUCUAGCUUUACAUAAGCUACAAUUUGAUGAGGAGACAUACUCAGGUAAACCAGAUGCGGAAAGUUUGAAGUCUGGACCCAAAGAAAUACCUCAGAGAAGUCAAGAGGUGAAUAUUACAGAGAUCAGGAAGACUAAUGAUGGAAUGCAAAGACUGGCAUGGAGUCAGCCUUCACUACCUGAAGGGAGUAAUGAAAAUAAAGCCAGUUUAGAUGGCCUACGAAAAGGGAAAAACAGAUCUUCAACUAAACACAAAGUGGCUACUAUAUCCAAAGCAAGCAGAAAAUUCCCAGCUAAAGAUGUAAGCCCCAGAAGACAUGUAGCUACUAUUUUCACUAAAAAUGAGAGUAGAUCCAGUACUGGAGACUUAAAUUCUGGCAUACCAGAAAGUAACCCAUUGUGCACUGAGCCCACUCCUGGGUCUGCAGAGUCCACAGAUGGAAGCAGAAAUUUGAGUAAUGAUGGAGUGGAUAUGGAGAAAUGUGAGACCCCUCUCCAAGUUACUGUAAUAUCCAACAGAAAACCUUCCAUACACUUAAGUAAUCAGAAGUCUAACAUCAGUAUUUUACAACCACACUGGAAUGAGUUUAACAACACCUCAGAGUCACCACCAAAAAAUGAGAACUCUAUGGAUGUAACAGUAACUCCAACUUUGGAAAGAGAGUCAGCAAUUCUGGUCCAGCCUACAUUCAUCCCCCUAAGGGAAGCAGAGUUCUCUGACCAUCAGAGGAGGUUCAGUCCUCCUUGUCCAUUGGAGCCUGCACACAAUUCUCCUACAGAAUGUAUUCCACUGGCCAAUUGUCCACAGCAACAAAGGGAUGCUUCAUCUUUGGGAUGGAAACCUGAACCACACCUCUAUCGGUCAAAGAGUUUAAAAAGCAUCAAUGUACAUAGUGAUAAGCUACGUAAAAGUCAUCCUCCAAAAGUCAGGGAGCGCCAUUUUUCUGAAAGCACUUCUAUUGAUGAUGCCCUGAGUCAACUGACCCUUGGGAAUGAUUCCUCUAUCAACAAUGGGUACAGUCGUAAAUUCAAAUCUUUUUCUGAACUUCCCUGUGAUGAAAAUGAAAGUUGGACCCUUUAUAGCGACAGGACCAAAAUAGGACCCAAAUCUGCAACAUCUAUAUCCAGACCUAUUGACUAUGGGAUUUUUGGAAAAGAACAACAGUUGGCUUUCUUGGAGAAUGUAAAAAGGUCACUCACACAAGGAAGAUUAUGGAAACCAAGUUUUCUUAAGAAUCCUGGCUUCCUGAAAGAUGAUAUAAUCAACCCUCCUAACCCAUCAGAGACAUUAAGCUCAAAUUCUCCUAGCAGUCAGAUGCCAGAAGAUGGUUUAUCUCCAACGGCACCACUUAAUAUCUAUGAAGAGAACCCUGUGGACUCAGAUUGGGACACAGACACAACCACAGAUGAUGAAUACUACCUGGAUGAAAAUGACAAAGAGUCAGAACUGUGA